AAGAUUGGUUCACUUUCUUGGUUUCCCCUACUCAUCUUUCUUCUCCCACUUGUUCCAAUCUCUCAUACUCUUUUGGGGGUGGUGCUCUAGCUAACCUAGUUCUUGUGAGAGUUCAGCUUAAUACGUAGCAAUGGCUUGCUUAAAUGUUUGCAAGGACCAGGGAUAUGCAGAAGAAAAGAACCAGAAGACAAAAGAAGUUUGUACACUCGACGGAACCAUUGAUUGGUAUGGUCGCCCUGCUGUCCGAGGAAGAACAGGAACAUGGGUUGCUGGCAUUCUCAUAUUAGUAAAUCAAGGGUUGGCAACAUUGGCAUUCUUUGGAGUAGGAGUGAACCUGGUAUUGUUUUUGACAAGGGUGUUGGGUCAAGACAACGCAGCGGCUGCAAAUAACGUCAGCAAAUGGACUGGAACAGUUUACAUAUUCUCUCUUCUUGGUGCUCUCCUCAGUGACUCUUACUGGGGGAGGUACAAGACUUGUGCUAUCUUUCAAGUUAUUUUUGUCAUUGGUUUGUCAUUGUUAUCGCUAUCGACGUACAUAUUCUUACUCAAGCCUAAAGGCUGUGGUGAUGAAAAGUAUCCCUGUGGAGACCACUCGACCUUUGAAAUCGGAUUGUUCUACAUCUCUAUAUACCUUAUCGCACUUGGAAAUGGUGGUUACCAACCUACUAUAGCUACAUUUGGUGCAGACCAGUUUGACGAGGAGGACCCGAACGAAGGGCACUCAAAGAUAUCCUUCUUUAGCUUCUUCUACUUGGCUUUGAAUCUUGGCUCUCUCUUUUCAAACACAAUCUUGGGAUAUUUUGAAGAUAAGGGAAUAUGGACUCUAGGGUUUUGGGUAUCUACUGGCUCUGCUGCCAUGGCUUUGGUCUUGUUUCUAUGUGGCACUCCAAUGUACAGGCAUUUCAAGCCUCAGGGAAACCCUCUCUCUAGGUUUUGUCGGGUGGUCGUGGCUGCAACAAGAAAAUGGAAGGAUGAGAUGACACCAAGUGGGGAAGAUUUGUACGAGGGAGAGGAUGAGAAUAAAUGCUUUCAAAACGAGAGUAGGAAAAUAUUUCACACCCACGGAUUCAAAUUCUUGGAUAAAGCUGCAAUCAUCACACCAAAGGAGAUGAACCAAAUGGGCAAGGGGGCUCAAAAUCCAUGGCGCCUUUGCACAGUGACACAAGUAGAAGAAGUGAAAUGCAUACUUAGACUACUCCCAAUCUGGCUGUGCACAAUUCUCUACUCUGUAGUUUUUACUCAGAUGGCAUCACUCUUUGUAGAACAAGGUGCUGCAAUGAAGACCACCAUUUCAAGCUUUCACAUUCCCCCAGCCAGCAUGUCAAGCUUUGACAUUCUCAGCGUAGCGGCUUUUAUUUUCAUUUACAGGCGAGUUCUUGACCCGCUUGUUGCUAGGCUGAUGAAAAAGGGACUCACUGAGCUUCAAAGGAUGGGAAUUGGUCUUGUUAUUGCAAUCCUGGCAAUGAUUUCAGCAGGAGUCGUAGAGUUGUUCAGGUUAAAGUAUGAGGCAAAAGACUGCAACACCGAUUGCGAAACUCCAAGUUCAUUGAGCAUAUUUUGGCAAGUUCCUCAGUAUGUGCUUGUAGGAGCAUCAGAAGUGUUCAUGUAUGUUGGUCAACUGGAGUUCUUCAACGGACAAGCACCUGAUGGAUUAAAGAGCUUUGGGAGUGCACUUUGCAUGACUUCAAUAUCACUUGGAAACUAUGUGAGUAGCUUACUUGUUACAGUUGUGAUGAAGAUUUCUACGAGGGAUGGCAUGCCUGGAUGGAUCCCUGGAAACCUAAACAAAGGUCAUUUGGAAAGGUUCUACUUUCUCUUAGCAGCUUUGACAACAGCUGAUCUUUUGGUCUACGUAUUAUGUGCAAAAUGGUACAAGUAUAUCAAGUUUGAUGGAAAAGGUGGAAAUGACAGUGGCAAUAUUGGGCAAGCUGAACUUAGAGUUUAAUCAAAUCUAGGGUAAAAAAAAGGAGGGUAAGAAAAAAUGUAAAAGUUAUUGUGUGUGUCGGUUAUAUGUAAUUUCAUAUUUGUAGCACUCCUACUGGUGUUACCAUUUUGUGUUGAGUCUUAACAUUGAGAGAAGGAAGCUAUAACUUUACAAGAGUUUGUUUGAAAGGAGAGGACCGUCAUGGGGGUACAUAGAGCCAAUGCUUGCAAUGAUACUAGAGAAAUGCCUUUUCCAUUUUUCCAAGUUGAGCACAAGGUGUUGUACGGAUGUAAAACUCAAUGCAAUCUUUGAUGUAGCCUACACUACAAUGUGGAAUAAAAUGCAUUUCCUUAUUAUAA